ACUAAGCGAACUACAAAAGACCGUCUCUGGAGUUUGGAAAUGCCAUGGUGGGUGCAUUUUACCCGAGUCUUUCGAGCACAGGAAUAAACCUCCAAAUGUGCAACCAAGCUAAUGACCACGGUGCCACCGCUGUGAAUGUCGGUUGCUAUCGAUCUCGUAAGACACACACACGUGAAGAGCCCACAUUGCGCAUGCACUUGAGAGCAGGAGGGCGUAAUCGACCCUUACCUGACUUUUUUAAACGAUAAUUUCUCCCCGGAAGUGACGGAUGCUGCACAGAAACAACCAACUCGCUACCUUCCUCCAUCUUACAUCCGCAGUCACGUCUGAGUGCUCUCUCUCUCGCGGCCCAAAAGUUCAGCAUUUCAGCCUAGCCGAAAAUCAGUGCAGUACAAUUUUCCUUGCCUUCAUGCUGAUUGUAACUGAACUUGAAUUGCCGUCUCUUCUGAAGGCGCAGAUCACGCGGUGGCACGGAGGUUUCUGCACCCUACAGCUGUUUGGCAAGUUAAACUGGCUUUGCUCAUACACGUUUUUUUGUCCCCGCGAGUUUGUCCCAGUGCAGUGGCAAUCCGGCCGAGCCUGAAACUCGAACAAAUCUAUUUUUAGCAUUGGUCGUUUGCCAGCGAGUUCGCCCCCUCCCCCUCUUCCCGCCUAGAGGAAGGCGAAGGAGGCGUAGGCGAGGAUGGCGAUGGGUUGGGGUGGACGGGGCGGGGGAGGAGGUUGGCGGGAUACUAUUCGGCAGACUUAAAGCGGCGUUUUCGGCACAGGGUGCGAACCGCCGGCUUUUCAGCUAGCUCAAAGGAGCAUCGUCCUGAAAAUGGGUUUUAACUACUCUCAGAGACACUAGAAGCUCCCCAGAAAAAAAAUCACGAAAUGCGCGUGAUCAUCUUGGUCGGAAAGAAAUUAGGGAGAUGUUGGCCGUAGCUGAUUCAAUGCGUUGGAGCGACGACUAAUUAAAUAUCAAAGGUGCAAAUAAUUUUUGUGAGGGACAAAUGUUUAAUUGUAAUCUCUUCAAAGAUGUUAUGAAAUGAGACUUGACAGUAAAGCUUCUUGACACGCUUGUCCUACCAAAACACAGCUAAUGCUUAAAUGUAAAAGUGAAUAUGUGGAGAGACAUUUCAACCACCAAACACAACUUUUUCUUCUCCAACGAGAUAUGAUGUAUUCUCGGUGGAGGUAUACAGCUUUCGCUCAACGCAUUUAUUGGCUCCGUAAGCUGUAUACAUGAUGUGAGGAGGUGGCCGUAAACACGCAACUGCUAAUGUGGAGGACUGUUUUUUUAACUACUGAAUGUUAUUUUCUUACGAAAAUGCGGUUGUGAUAUUUGAAUGGAUAGCAACAAAUACACUUGAAAUGGUAAUUUUUAUUUAUUAAAUUGAUUUGGGGUGUUUUGCGCGCUGCAAUGGUUUUGUUGCGGUGUUCGGGACCUUUCUUCUACUAGGUCACAAACUGUACUCUCGCAAUGCAUCCAAAAUGCUUUCACAAUUAAGGAGAAGGGGAUUUGCCGUAAGCCUCAUCAAAACCCGAAUGGAAUUUUAUGACUGUCUUAGGUGAUAUGAAGCUCAUCACAAAUCUUUGAUUAGUCCAGCGCUCAAAGAUAAAAUGAGAAGAAGCUGGAGCGAAAACAGACUGGUUGUUGACGGCUGAAAAUUGAACAAGUGUGACUUGUGAAGCCAGUCUUUUUGGAUACAAGUCGAUUGUAGAGUACAAUGAGUCGUAUUGAGAAUGGUAGCAAAAAAUUCACGUUCCUGGACCAAAGUAACAGGAAGUGACGAUCCCCGGAGGAGUACUUUCACUGUACUGUCGUUUCGAGAGCAAACAAACUUGCAUCGUCGGGGAGCGUCACAAAUUCGAGCUCCGCAUCAGUUGAAGGUGUUCAUUGCUACGCUGGCGAACGAUUGACCAAAGGGCCAACAGCGCAAGUCUGCAAAGGACGAAUGGAAUUCCGUAUGUGGCUCUUGUCGCUACCUGUUUACGGUCUCUUCAAAGCAUUUUAGCACAGUGACUGGCCUCGUGUUAGGGUUCGCUGAUUUCCUACCCCUAAAAGGUGUGGUAGCCGACAUGCAUUUUCAUCCUUUCACUACCUCAUCUCUACAGAGAUUUUAUUCUGUAGUCAAUCAACUUGGUUUGGUAACCACCUGUGUCUUCAACAAAUACCUUUCAAACGCAAACACAGAUCUUUCCGUGUAGCAGGAACGAAAUGGAUAUUCCCGUCCUGCCUUAGAACGCAGUCGGUCAUAUGACGCUAGGCAAUCAGAAAUCGAUGUGAUACCGACGUGAUCAGGGGCACUGGAAUGGUUACAUUUGGCUUGUUCGUUGAAAUCCCUUCUCAAAAUCCUCACCACUGCUCUACAGGCUCACAUCACGUCGGCUUUCAUCGGCAUCACCGAGGUGUCACUGGUUGGUGGCAGUGAAGAAGGCAAGAAUGGAGAUUUCUGUGUUCUCCUCGACGAAACAAACGUGGAGAUGUAAAGAAUUGUGUGCUUCUUUCAAGUGCACAUGAAAUGAAACCACAAUCACGGUUUACAAAAGAUCCAGGUCGGUACGCGCACAACCACUCUUAUAUGACACUUGACAAAACAUCACUUGAAGCAUUGUCUCUUUGUCCUAAGCUUCAUAAACCUUGUCGAAAAAUUAGUCUGUUAGAUUAGAAGCUCAGCUCGCGAACCUCUGGAACCAAACCUAUGAUCUAGUACCCGCUUCCGCUGACAGUAUCUAGCACCUUAAAUCAAUACUGCAGUUAUCAGUACCUGAACAAGAGGCCAAAAGUCGGAGGGUUGCUGACAAAAGCACACAAGGAAAAGCCAGAAGAAGCUCGAGGAAACAAAAAAUAUCCCGGUAACUAGGCCGGAUAGUGGAAUAGGCAUUGUUACAAUGAACAGAUAGGACUGCGUAACGGCGAUACAGUCCAUUUUGCAGACAAGAAGAAAUUCUGGACAUUAGACGAAGAAGAAGAUUGCACGGAUGAGGUGGAGGCAAAACUGACUGACUGUCUGCGGAGGCUGCGCCCAGGAGGUUUCAUAAGCGGGCCGUGACCUCGAACAGCUCUGACCAGUCUGCACACAUUUCCCUCGACUAUAUGGCUUACUCAAGGUCCAUGAGGACGGUCUGCCAGUUUGUCCGAUUUUGGACAUGCUAAACUCUCCAUAUCAUGCGAUAGUAAUGUGGUUGGCAGAGAAACUCAAGCCAAUACAGCAUCAGCUAGCACCAUGCAGCUAUCGAGAUGCCUUCGAGUCCACUGACGACGUUAAAAAUCUUAACUAUAAAGGCUUGGCGAUGUUCUCGCUAGACGUCUCAUCAUUUUUUAAAAGCGUCCCGGUAACCGAAAGAGUUGAUUACAUGUGUAAGUUCCUAUCAACCAAUCAAAAAGGAAAUAGGAAUUCUUAAGAGUACACGACAAGCACUAUUACUAAGAUGCACAUUAAAUAUGAAGUUCUUCUUCGACAGCCGACUCCAUAGACAAAUAGGCGGCGUUGCUAUGGACUUGCCUCUUGGAACUCUCUUAGCCGAUGUCUUCAUGGGCAAGCUAGAGAGAUUCCAACUAUGCGAUCAGAUCAAUAAGCUUAAACAUUACGGUCUCUAUGUUGAUGACAUUAUUGCAGUUGCCUCCAUAGAAACCGACGUAACUACCCUCUUAAAUGCUGUAAAUAAGGCAUACCUGUCGAUUAAGUACGUUGGAGGUGGAAACGGCUGGUUCGUCUCCUUUCUUAGAUGUUCUUUCAAACAGGAGAUCUGACGGUAACGUCCGAGGAAGCGUCUAUCAGAAGAAAACCUGGUCCGGACAAUACACGGACUUCGGUAGUUUCUGGCUCCUCCAAUAUAAAUGAAGUUUAGUUCGGUGUUUGGCGCACAGUUAGACAGACAAUAUCGAGGAGGAGCUUAGAAAAAUCCUGGACUUGCUUCGCGAAAACGGGCAUUCCGAUAGAUUUAUUGCAAGGACUAUAGCCGAACGACUGAAAGAACCCACCAGGCUGACUACUAAAAAGAAAACUUCAAUAGAACAGUUUAGCAAGUUGUCGUUCCUAGACGUCCUCAUGUUUAGAGAGGAUGAUGGUUCAGUAAGACGCUCCGUCUUCCAUAAAAUUACAUGAAAAGGGCAAUACUUACAUUUUAAAAGCUUUGCACCAAUACAAUGGGAACGAAAUCUAGUGCAGACUCUUUUUCAAAGAACGAGAAAUAUUUGCUCCAGGGGGACCAUAGAUACAGAACCUGCCCGCAUCAAAGAAGACUUACUUGAUCGUGGUUAUCCUGAACGCGUCAUUCAGAAGUAAAGCAACCAUUUACGGGCAAAGUUGACGGAACAGUCCGUUCCGAAGACGCCCGUUAUAAUAUGUUUACAUUUUAAGGGUGACAACGUCUCAAACACAAUCCCGCGACGCUUGAGUUGCACGAUAGAAAGAACGUGCAUCGCAGCAGAACUCGUUUUCAUCAGUUCCACCAAAAGCCUUCCAAUUAACGGGGCAAAAGAUGCCUUGCCUAUGCAUGCCACCCCAAAUUGUGUGUAUGAAUUCACGUGCACUUGCGGAUACAAGUGCACUGGGCGAACGCGAAGGCAAUUCGCAACUAGGGCCGCUGAGCAUUUGCCUAAUUGGCUUUUAAAACAGGAAAGCAAAACUCCCCGUUGGUAUCUAACGAAAAACCUGUUAGAUAGCGGUCAUGUUUUCGACCCCAAAACAGCUUUUCCAGUACUUGUCCGAGCGCAUACAACUCGAACUCUGCGUUAUUUGGAAGCAGCUUACAUACGGAGGGAAAAACCAGACCUGUGCAAGCAGUUAGACCACGUAAUCAAUCUGCAAUUUCACUGGUAACCUUCACGCCUCAACUUACUCGUGACUGUGAUUUGUUGUUAACAUUCUGUCUCCGUCCUUACUAUAUGAUGCUUAUGGGAACGUCUUUCAUCUGAUUAUUCAUCACCUUGAAUCUUGACCUUGCAUUGUCAUUAUGUACAAAUUCAUACUGCUGUGCGCUUCCAUUCGUUACUUACGUUAUGCAGAGACGGGUUGCAGUUGAUAAGCUGUCACGAAAUUUAUUGGUCCCAAUAAAUUCUGCCGUACAUGUCUGCUUUCAAUUCAUAUCCGGGAAAAAAUGCUUCAAAAAUACUCAAUUCAUUAAAGUCCCUUCCCAAGGAGACGCUGCGGGUGAACUCUUAAGAAGACGCCUCGAUCAAGCUGUCUCACAAACCUUCCCAGCAGCAUGGGUCAGAAUAUUAUUCUCUACUAACUUUAUCUUACACGGGCAAGGUAAGGAUAGGCUGCCAUCUCAGCUACUGGACCAGCGUCCGUUAGCAACAACAAAAGCGGACGCAAUCAGGUUACGUAGUUCAGCCUUAUGCUCGCGGAAGAACCUCGUUCGGGCUCCGCGCUUAGCGUGGUCAAAGGUCGACUAACUACAUACAACUCUCCGUGCCCUUCUGCCCUCAUCCCGCCUGUGUUUUAAAACGAACUUCAAUCAACUUUCUAAUCACGGGCAUGUUUGACUUGUACCCCGUUGCCAUAUGAUUAUACUAGUCUGGCGAUAAUUUAUCGAAAGCAAACGCAGGCUUGCCAACCAGUCUUCGAAACAGUUACUGUUACAAGUAGAUCAGACAGACUCCGUUUAGGUCACCUCAGUUUCUCACUUCCUCAUACCGUCCUUGCUAAAUAUCAGCAGGAGUUUCAAGCUCAAAGCGUAAGUUAUGCUUUGCAAAUGAGAAGGCGCAAUCCCAGUCAUCGAACCUGACACUUUAUUCGUCUGACAUUUCGAAUUCGGAGAAGUAGAAUUGUGCAGGGGCCGCAUGACUUACACAAGGGAAUUUCUACACAGCCGCUUGUCUGAUGACUGGUCAGGCAUUUCUGCCAAGAGUUCGUACGGGCACUUGACCAGAUAACAUUCGAGUAGUUGAUAAACAAAUCCUCAUCACCGGUCAGCAGGCAGAAUGUUAGUCACUUGACCUCCUGCUCUCCCCUUGCGACGAUUCGGUCUCAUCGAUCUUGAAGGCGUGUUGGUCUGACGUCAUUCUCUCUCUGCUGACGCAUAUUUCAGCAUUCGACAAUUCGAGCAAUUCAAGUUGGGCUAAACAGGAGCUAAGGAGAAGUGAAGAGAUACUGUCAGGUCCAAUUACUGCUGGGUCAGGGAUUUUUUAAAAAGGGCUCUUAACUCAGGGCGCUGACAGUGUAGAAAAACGCUUUAAUUCACUCGAGGAUCACUUGAAAAAAAAGUCUUGGAAGAGAACGAGGAGGAGGAGGAGGAGGAGGAGGAGGAGGAGGAGGAGGAGAAGGGGGAGGGAGAGGUGAUGGUGGUAGAGGAGGAUGAAUAG